AUGCGCGCCCAAAAGGUCAUCCUCCCCCUCGCCGCCGCGGGCCCCGCCAGCGCGCUCGUCUCGCGCGACGGCGUGACGGGCCGCCUGCCCGCGCUGGGCUGGAGCUCGUGGAACGAGUUCGGGUGCGACAUCAACGAGACGGUCUUCGUGGGCGUCGCGCAGCUGAUGGUGGACCUCGGGCUGAAGGAUCUGGGGUACGAGUACGUCAACAUCGACGACUGCUGGAGCGACAAGGAGCUACGGCGGGAUAAUGUCACGAAGGAGAUUGUGGUGGACGCGGAGAAGUUUCCGCUGGGGAUGAAGCAUAUGGUUGAUCGGAUUCAUGACAUGGGGCUGAAGGUUGGGAUUUACAGCGAUGCGGGGACGUCCACGUGUGGCGGGUAUGAGGGAUCGCUAGGCUACGAGGAAAUCGACGCCGCGACGUUUGCGAAAUGGGGCAUCGACUACCUCAAGUACGACAACUGCAACGUCCCCGAAUCCUGGUUCGACGACUGGAAAUACGUGCCCGAGCUCUGGCUCGGCGGGCCCCCGAACGAGAACCAAGACAACGGCGACCCGGUCAACUCCAAAACAGGCCUGCCCGCGCCGGCCGGCUACGACUGGUCCACCUCCCAGACGGCGGAGCGCUACCGCCGCAUGCGCGACGCGCUGCUCGCGCAGGACCGCACGAUCGAGUACUCCCUCUGCGCGUGGGGCCACGCGCACGUCGAGGCCUGGGGCAACGAGACGGGCCACAGCUGGCGCAUGUGGGGGGACAUCUACCCGGAGUGGCUGGGCCAGCACCAGUGGUCGUGGGGCCUGAUGCCUAUUUUGAAUCAUGCGGCGUUCUGGUCGUCGGCGCAGGUCAACGGGUUCUGGGGGCACGGCGACUGGGACAUGCUCGAGGUCGGGAACGGCAACCUGACGCUGGCGGAGAGCCGGAGCCACUUUGCGUUCUGGGCGGCGCUGAAGAGCCCGCUGAUCAUCGGCACGCGGCUGGAAGGGAUCGCGCCCGAGGUGCUGGAGAUUUUGGUGAACAAGGAGCUGGUGGCGUUCAACCAGGACGGAGUGUUUGGGCAGGCGGCGCAGCCGUACAAGUGGGGGGUGAACCCGGACGGGACGUGGAACAUCACGCACCCGGCGGAGUUCUGGGCCGGGGAGAGCGUGGAGGGGACGCAUGUGUUUGUGCUCAACACGCUGGAGGGGACGGAGGAGAAGACGGUGGUGUUCGGCGAGGUGCCGGGGCUGGAGGCCGGGAGGAAGUACGCGGUGCACGACAUGUGGACGGGCAAGGAUCUGGGCGUGUUUGAGGACGAGGUCACUGUUGAGAUUGCGAGUCACGAUACGGCGGCGCUGAGGAUCAACGAGGUGCAGUGCAAGAAGAGGUCUUUGGGCCGGGCGAUGAAGUGGUUGUAG